GCAGCCCCAAAGGAAUUUCAGUGUGCGGCCAGCAGUAGCCUUGGAGUGGUUGAAAAAGCUGACCUCUGAGCCAUGAACUGAACCCAAAGACCAGCAACAACCGGAGAGAGGGCAAGAGACAUGAUUACGGGUCCGGAAUCGAGGCAAACGCAUAGGCUGUUGGACCUGAAGAAGCAGCAAUGGGCCAAGGAGAGAGAGGAAAUCGCACGCAUGGAUGAGAUGUACCAUCAUCAGCACACAUCGCACCACAAGAUCGAACGCACCUCGAUACGCACCUACUACUCGAAUCUGGAUCUGAGUCAGACCUCGACAUCGAAUCAGACAUCCAGCCAGUCGACGAGACAACGACGACGAUUACCGCCCCAGCAGCAGCAGCAGCAGCAGCAGCAGGAUAUGCCCUUGAUCCUGCGACAGGCACAGGCACUGGCACCAGCACCAGCACCGGCACCGCCACCGGCAGCGGACUAUCGCGAGAACGGAGGAUAUCUGAAUCAAUUGGAGCGCUAUAUCGAAGAUCUCGAUGCGGAUGCCGAUGCAGACUUUGAGGACGAUGAGGAGUCCCUGUACAGGCGCACCAGAAGGGGCAGCUAUGCCCCUGGGAUGACCAGCAUGCGGCAGAUGCAGAUGGCACCGGCUCGGUAUGUGGAAAUGAUGCCGCCCACAUCCCUGCAGACGGCCAAGGGAAGGAUGCAACAUGCCCAGCCGCAGCAGCAGCAGCAGCAGGGAUACCAUUUGCAACAGCAGGGGUAUCUGCCACAGCAACAACAACAGCAACAGCAACGUCUGAGGAGUCCCAGUUUACCUUCGAUUCGAUGGCAGAGGGGGGUGAGGCAUCAGGAAAAGGCGGCCAAUCAACCUGGUAACGGGAACAACAACAACAUUCCGUUGCCGAAUGGCAAACCAAAUGACAUUGAUCCUGGCAACGGGCCAGGCCAUGCCCAUCGAUCCAACAAUCAAAACAAUAAUCCUGGAGCUGCUCCAGGCAUCGGUUGCCAGGAAGAGGACACCUCCGGGUAUCUGAGCGACAACACGCCCCCCAAGAACAACAACAACAACACACACACGCCCGACAUUUGGUUCAACGACGGUGCAAGCCAGAUUGAGAGCAUUAGUGGGGUGGGCAGUGCCAGUGUCGUGGAGGAGAGGGAGGCGGGUGUGGGUCGUCGCCUCCGCCGAUCGAUACAGGGUGGGGGUGGGGCGGCCCCACUGGUGCCCCUCGGUGGUGGCAAGGCGAAUGCAUAUGCCACCAAGGGACGACGUGUGGCAGGACAGGGCUUCGAGCCGCUGGCGAACGAUGGCUACCUGGCCGACGGCUGCUGCUACAUGGCCGCACCGCCGAGCUCCUCCAACAUGAGCAUCAGCCGGGAUGUGUCCACCUCGAAUACCUACCAAGUGCAGAUCCAGGGCGGCGGCGGCGGCGCUGGGGGCAGCGGCAGCGACUACUACAUCCACGAGCAGCACGAGAGAGAGCGAGAGCGUGCCCGAUGGGCCAAUCAGCAGCAGACGAUGCAGCAGACAAUGCAGAUGCCACCGCCGCCUGGCUGGCUAAAUCGUGGCAUGCACGAUCUUAAGGAUGGCAGCGAGGACGACGUCCAGUCGAUGCAGUCGUCCUCCACGUAUUUGAGGGGACAGAACGCCCCCCUGGACGCCCAGACGCUGGCCGAGCGCAUGGACAAGCGACGGAAGGCCUCGGAGUAUCACAAUGCCAUCAAGAAGCAGCUCCACGAGCGGGAAAUGAUCAGGAAAUGGGAGCUGGAGCGCCAUCGCCAGGAGGAGCAGAUCGAGGAGGAGCGCCUGCGGCGCCAGAAGCAAAUGGACCAGGAGCGGGCGGAGUACGAGCGCCGGCAGCAGCUGGAGCGGGAGGAGGCGCAGCAGAAGAAGCAGCAGGCGAUGCUGGACGCCAUCGCCAAGGCCGAGGUGGCGGCCCAAAUGGAGAAGCAACAGAAGCGCAAGAAGCCACAGCCACAGCCACAAAAGGAGCACAAGGAUGGCCCGCAGGAGGGCGAACUGCUGCGAGUACAGUCUGUGGAGGAGGAAGAGGAGGAGGCAACCCAUACACCACGUGGGGCACCGCCAGUGGCAGCGGCAGCAGCCGCCCCCGUUAUGGCAGAGGAAAAAGUGCUGAUUGGAACGCCCAUCAAUCUGCGACGGACCGUCACGAAACCCAUCAAACAGCCGAAGGGCGAGGAGGCCAAGGAGGCCAGGGAGGUUAAGGAUAAUCUGGCACUCCUGAUGCAGCCGGCCACCCUCAUUCCCCUGCCCGUCACCAGCGACAUUUUUGGGCUGCAGAAUGCCAUUGGGAAUCUGCAGAUAGCCACGUACUUGAUGCAGCCCCCCCAACAGAUGCCGCAGAUGCCGCAGAUGCAGCAGAUGCACAUGCAAAUGUCACCAUCGGCAGCCUCCUCCUCCGCCGUGGAGCAGACCUAUUCGAAGGCCACAAUGACCCAAAGAACAGACACCUCUAUCUACACGGAGGACGGCUAUCAGGCGGAGAAGGAGGAGGAAGAGGGCGAGGGCGAGGGAGAUCCCGAGGAGGAGGAGACUCUCACAACAGCCCGAUCGGGUCUGGUCAGUGGCGGGUGCUUCUCGCCCGAUUCCCUGGAGGUGGAUGUGGCACACAGCGACAAGCUGGCACUCAUUCCACUCCCCCAGCGACUGGCAGGAGGAGCAGGAGGAGAAGGAUCUGCUGCAGCAGCAGCUGGAAGCAGCGAUGUGGAGACCCAAACGGAGCUCCCGUUGAACUGCGAUCUGUGUCUGUUCCACGACAACUUCUACAAGGUGCUGCUCAAGCGAGAGGUGUCCACCACGACCACCACACAGACCUCGAAGACGCAGACACAGUCGCCCAAGGAAUCCUCCGCGUCGGCGUCGGCCGAGGCGGAAAAGGAUCACGAGACGACAACCACAACAACGACCACAACCACGACCACCUUCAAGGCCAAGAGCAAGGACAAGGACAAGGAAAAGUGCCUCAAGAAGAGCCACAACAGCAAGGACAGGGACAAGAUGGACGAUCGCCCCAAGUGGGGUGUGAAUCGUCCCAUCGUCCAGUACGUGAAGGCCAGCGAUCGGGAUCCCUUUUGCCUGCGCAAAAAGAAGAAUCAUCCGGCGACGGGCACAGCAGCCAGCAAGCCACCGCGCUCCCUGUCGAUGGACUCGCGGCUGGACAGCGUGGCUGUGGAUCAUCUCAUCCUCGAAGGGGACUCCCCGCUGGCCCCCGCCGCAAUGGAGCAGGAGGAUGGCGACGAAGAGGGCUUCCUUCUGAAGGCCCGCAACGUCUGCACGGAGAUACUGCCCAUCAAAACGGACGAGAAGGGCCGCAUUUUCCUCAACUUUCGCGAGGCCAGUGCCAUCAUGAACGAGGACGAGAUCAAGGAUAAGCUGAGGCAAAAGUACUUCAAUUUCGGAAGGAUUCUGCCGCGUCGCAGCUGGGCCUCGGCCACCCACAACGGCCUGCCUUUUAGUGCAGCGGUAGUGGCAGUCGCAGGGGGUGGGGGAGGGGGAGGGGCACCACCACUCCCAGCCCUCCCUGCCACCAUUGUCGGGGACAUGGCAGACGAUUGAAGAAAAAACCCAUGACUUAAUGCGGGUAUUCCUGCCAGGAUCUGCUAAGGGUCUGCUCUGGAGGCUACUAGUUUCUUUUUUUUUUACCAAAAUAGACACCAAAAUGUAGGCCUCCAGAUGGUAAA